AUGAGUUAUACUGCCGUCGCCAUCGCAUCCUCUCCCAUCCGUGAUGAGAAGCGCACUUUUAAGAGCUUUAGAGACUAUAUAGUUGAACAGCAAGCCGUAUUCAUUGCGCUUUUAAAUCAGUUUGGUGAUGUUACCAUCACUAGGCCGACUAAGAAAUCUGUUUUAACCCAACAACGCAUCCGCGUCGAAACUAUAACAAUAGGAAAUGAGACUAUAGACAUCUCUUCCUUUGUUGAUAAGCGGUGUGCGGCCCGAUAUGCUUUAGACAUCUCCAACGGAAUCUUAGAAAAGACCGCAAUCCGAAGACAAACUGCCAAUAAGAUCAUGGAAACACAUCACAUGUUGACGGACUUGUUAUUUGAAUAUGGGUACCUCUUCGAGACUUACUUCACUUCAGGGAAGAAUAACACACCAAAAAUGGAACUCGUUAGAAAUAUCAUUGAAAACAAAAACAUGAUAUUCAAUAGAGUGUCUAUCAUCAAAACAGGUAAUCUUAUUAACAGACUCCUUUGCAGUAAACUCUCAGAGUGCAGAGUCGUCACACUACAAGCUGCUGACCCAGAAUUAAUGGCGUUUUUAGAACGAAAUCAGUCGUACUCACCAGAGUUGAACACUGUUGUAUUAGCUUGA